CAUCUUCAAAUCGCCGAGAUUGAUGACGUGGGCGGGUGUUUUGGAGUGCUCGCCGUCUGAAACAAAACCAAAUUCGUGAGUUAUGUCUUUAUUAACAGCAGUCUGCUUGUGAGCAUUUCAUGAUAGGAAAGUCGGCGCUCACUGUGUUUUCGGAGUUAUGGGUCCCGAGAAUGAACGGCAGAGUCAACCUCCUGGCUGCAGUUCCUCAGCCAGGCUGGGUGUGACACUGACUUGUGCAGACUUCGAAGGCUCUCGUGAAGCCUCAAAGACCAUCUGGACGAACACUGGUCUCAACAGAACGCCACAGGUUGAGGUCCACUGUCCGUGUAAGGCAGGGGACAACAACAAAGGGUUUGGAUCAUUCGUGAAGAGACUAAUGGAUGCCGAAGCUGCCAUCGUCUCUGCAGCCGCACAGCUCCUGUCAUUCAAAGACAUUCUGAAGGAUGCUCCGUCGUCUGCAGUCAACCGGCAGCACACGGUAAAGCACAGAAAACUCUUGCUCCAAAAAAUGGAGGACUUUCGUCAAAUUAACCAGGCUGUGCGCCAAAGACUGAACCAGCUUCUGGAUGAGGAGACUGAUCGCCUUGAUGCGAGCACUAAGAUUGAUGGUUUGCUGAAUAAGAUCCUCCAGAUUGAACGUGAAAAUCAGCUUUUAAAAGGUGACCUUGGUGUAACACAAAGAAGAGCGGAAGAGCUGAUGUAUCUGCAGCAAAAAGAACAGGAGAACAUCAAGAGUGCUCUUAACAUAGCUAAGUCUGCAGAAGGCACUCGCGCCCGUAUACAGGGGCAGCUACGCAACAAGGAGGCGGAAAACAAUCGAUUGACUGUGCAAGUGCGGACACUUGAGCGAACCCUAACUCAACACAAGGCAGAGCUAGAUGACCUUAAAGCAUCCAUGGCGGCUCUGAUAGAACAGACCUCGCAGGAGAAGGAGGCCCUCAAGAAGGCCUCACGUGUGCACAAGCAGAAAGCUGAGCGAUUCGAGGCCACCCUUGAGAAAAGCUUGACUCAGCUGCAGGAUAAGGACGCACAGCUGUCAUAUCUCCAAGUAAAGAUAGACACGUGGAAGCGGGAGAUGGAGCAACUGACUGAGGAGAACCACAAACUAACUACUCACGUGGAGUUACUGCAAAAGCAAGGAAUCACCAUCUCGAUGAAGAUGCAGAAGGACAUGGAGAAGCAGGCGGUAAUGGUGAAGGAGCGAGAGAGAGAAUGGGAGGAGAGGGUCAGGCAAAGGGAGAAAGAGAGGAUCAAGGGAAAGGAGGCCUGGGCGGAGGAGAGGGAGAAGGAACAGAUGGAAUGGGAGACGAGGGUGAAGGAACUGGAGGACAGGAUGAAGGAAAGGAAGGAGCAGGAGCACAGGGAGAGGGAAUGGGUGAAGGAAAGGGAGGCGAGAGAGAAGGAAUUGGAGGACAGGAUGAAGGAAAGGAAGGAGCAGGAGCACAAGGAGAGGGAAUGGGUGAAGGAAAGGGAGGCGAGAGAGAAGGAAUUGGAGGACAGAAUGAAGGAAAGGAAGGAGCAGGAGUACAGGGAGAGGAAAUGGGCGAAGGGAAGGGAGGCAAGGGAGAGGGAAUUGGAGGACAGAAUGAAGGAAAGGAAGGAGCAGGAGCACAAGGAGAGGGAAUGGGUGAAGGAACGGGAGGAGAGGGAGAAGGAAUUGGAGGACAGGAUGAAGGAAAGGAAGGAGCAGGAGCACAAGGAGAGGGAAUGGGUGAAGGAACGGGAGGCGAGGGAGAAGGAAUUGGAGGACAAGGUGAAGGAAAGGAAGGAACAGGAGAACAAGGAGAGGGAAUGGUUGAAGGAAAGGGAGGUGAGGGAGAAGGAAUUAGAUGGCAAAAUGAAGGAAAGGAAGGAACAGGAUCACAUGGAGAGGGAAUGGGUGAAGGGAAAGGAGCCGAGGGAGAAGGAAUUAGAGGACAGGAUGAAGGAAAGGAAGGAACAGGAGAACAAGGAGAGGGAAUGGUCGAAGGAAAGGGAGGCAAGGGAGAAAGAAUUUGAGGACAGGAUUAAGGAAAGGAAGGAGCAGGCGAACAAGGAGAAGGAAUGGGUAAAGGAAAGGGAGGUGAUGGAAAAGGACUUGGAGGACAGGAUGAAGGAAAGGAAGGAGCAGGAGCACAAGGAGAGAGAAUGGGAGAAGGAAAGGAGGGAGUGGGAAGACAGAGAGAAGGAACGAUCGACGGGAAGGGCAGAAAGGGAGAGGGAGAGGAGAGAUUGGCAGAAGCAAUAUGAGGAGAGGGAGAAGGAAUGGGUGAGAGAGGGGGAAAGGAGGGAAAUGGAGAAGGCGAGAGAGGGCACCUCCAACACGCGGGAGUGGCAAGAAAGGAGAGUGGAGGAAGUGGCGGAGACUUCCUCGGGACAUGGCGGUAUGGCGCAUCAGCUUGAAAGAUUCAAAGUGCAAAAGGAGCACGACAGCGGCAGUUAUGCUAUGUUCAAGUUGGAGAAGCAGCUCGCUGAAUGUGAGGCAGCCCUGGUCCAAGAGAAGAGUGAGAAGGACCGCAUCGUUGAACAGAUUCAAAAGAAGUUGGAGAAGAAGCUUGCUGAAUGCGAGGCAGCCCUGGUCCAAGAGAAGAGUGCGUCAAGUGAGAAGGACCGCGCCGUUGAACGGGUUCAAAAGAAGUUGGAGAAGCAGCGUGCUGAAUAUGAGGCAGCCCUGGACCAAGAGAAGAGUGUGUCAAGUGACAAGGACUGUCUCAUUGAACAGGUUCAAAAGAAGUUGGAGAAGCAGCGUGCUGAAUAUGAGGCAGCCCUGGACCAAGAGAAGAGUGUGUCAAGUGACAAGGACUGUCUCAUUGAACAGGUUCAAAAGAAGUUGGAGAAGCAGCUUGCUGAAUGUGAGGCAGCCCUGGUCCAAGAGAAGAGUGUAUCGAGUGAGAAGGACCGCGUCGUUGAACAGGUUCAAAAGAAGUUGGAGAAGCAACUUGCUGAAUAUGAGGCAGCCCUGGUCCAAGAGAAGAGUGAGAAGGACCGUGUCGUUGAACAGAUUCAAAAGAAGUUGGAGAAGCAACUGGCUGAAUGUGAGGCAGCUCUGGUCCAAGAGAAGAGUGCGUCAAGUGAGAAGGACCGCGUCGUUGAACGGGUUCAAAAGAAGUUGGAGAAGCAGCGUGCUGAAUAUGAAGCAGCCCUGGACCAAGAGAAGAGUGUGUCGAGUGACAAGGACUGUGUCAUUGAACAGGUUCAAAAGAAGUUGGAGAAGCGGCUUGCUGAAUGUGAGGCAGCCCUGGUCCAAGAGAAGAGUGAGAAGGACCGCACCGUUAAACAGAUUCAAAAGAAGUUGGAGAAGCAACUGGCUGAAUGUGAGGCAGCUCUGGUCCAAGAGAAGAAUGCGUCGAGUGAGAAGGAACGCACCGUUGAAAAGGUUCAAAAGAAGUUGGAGAAGCGGCUUGCUGAAUGUGAGGCAGCCCUGGUCCAAGAGAAGAGUGUGUCAAGUGAGAAGGACAGCACCAUUGAACAGGUUCAAAAGAAGGUUGCAACGCUGGAAGCAGAGUUGAGCGAUGCGAAACUCCAAUAUAAAAAUGUGUCAGAGGAGCUUCAGAAAAUGCAAGGAGAAGACUCAAAAGCUCAACAGGUGAGGCAGGAGCUGCAGGGCCGCGUCGAAGAGCUGCAGCAUUUGCCUAAAACGCUGAAAAAGACCGAGCUGAGGCUGCUCGCUUGCCAGGAGAAGCUACAAACCUCAGAGAGGAAGUGCUCAGAACAGGCGGAGGACAUUACGAAGCUGCAGUUUGAGCUGCAGGCUCAAGUGAAUUUGGUGAGAUCGGCCGUGGAGCUGAGAGAGUCCGCUGACAAGACCCGUUCGCAAGUGCAAGAACAAGUAGACAGGCUGCAAAAUACGCUGGAGCAGCUGCGCCAAGAGAAACUGGACUUGGAACGUAGGCUGGAGACCCAAGAGCAAACUCUUCGCCACAGCAGCCAGCUACUUGAGCAACGCUCUACGCAGUGCUCGGAGCUCGAACGCCAGCUAGAGCAACGGACGUUCGAAUGCAAAAUGCUCAACCAGCAGCUGACUCAAAACUCAACAGACUUUUUGGAUUUCAAAGAAGAGGUGAAAAAUGUCAAAGAGCAAGUUCUGUCUAAAAACGAGGCCCUUCAGAGCACUGUGAACGAACUGAGGCUUCUCCGUCAGAGCAAGAUGAAGGCGGAGAAGCAUUAUGAGGCGCGUGUGAAAGAGCUGCAGCUCAACCUUGACCAGUGCGAAAGCCACAAGAAGAGCAUGCAGAACUACGUGGACUUUCUCAAAAACUCUUACCUGAUGAUAUUUGAAGAUCCAAUAUCCACUUUUUGGUCUUCAGCGUUUGUGAACUGACCUACACAGCAUCACAGUUCGGUAGUGGGUAGUAUGUCUGCUUCACCAUUUUUGAAGUACAGGUUUGAAUCCUUUCUGUUUGGAUGUCCUCACUAUGGUUAGUUGUGGUAUCUUCAGGUAGUCUGGCAUUUUCCCGCAUUCCAAAAAAUAUGGGUGUUUAUUGGAGACUCUAAUUGUGCAAAGGUGUGAAUUGUGGUUUGUUUGUAGGUGCCCGCAAAUUAUGUACAUUGUGUUUUGUCAUUGAAUAAAUAUUGAGCAAUGGACUGAU